AUGGUGCUGUCCGGCUGGAUUCUCACAGUAAAUGCGCACGGUAAGACGAAUCUUCUUGAUACUUGGAACGCGCCCUGUAGGUUAGUUUUCCCAUGCACGUCACCUGCUUUCGCCCCAUCGGCACCGUGGCGCUCGCGGCGAAUCCCUUCUGGAUGUUUCCUGCCCUCCUCCAACCUGGCCUACUGGCGUCGAAAGAGGUUCCGGAGCUCUCUGUGCGGCUUCUCAGUAAAGCAUAACAUCUUCAGCGACACCCUCCUCGACCUUAUCGAUACGGUCGAGAUGCAGCAAGACGGUCGUCUAAAUCACGAACAAGGCGCCUUGUUCAUGCAAGGAGAUAUCCAUUCCUUCAGUUGGCAGCCAACCGCAGCUGCCACUUACGACGAAUACGUAAUACUACGUACGGAACAUCCCAUCCCAGCGGAUAUCGCAUGCCUCAACUCCGCGCACAUUAACCACUUGACGCCAAGGGCGCUGGAUGUUGGCAUGGCUCAGACUGCUGCGAUCAAGGGAAGUCUUCGAACGAAGGAUCGAAUUGAGGGCCCACCCACGAGAAAUUGUCCAAUUCUCUUUAGGCAAACGAGUUUUCUGGUGCUGGAAGAACGCAUCCGCUUCCUCUGUGCGGGCUCGGGCCAUGAAAAGGGGGCCAGUGAAGAAGUUAUGUCAGAUUUCCUCCAUAAGCUUGUUGGUGAAAAUGUCUUGAUGGCACGCCCGAUCGCUUGUGAUGACUUCCUGCUCUUCUCGGCUGCAGGCAUCUUACGGUCCAACCUGCAAGCGGCGAGCAAGAAGGCCACAGCCGCUGAUGGAUCCGGAUCAGCAGGGAAAGGGGAACAAAGCGUGUACGAGGCAGCUAUGGGCUGUCCAGUAUUUGACGCAGAUCAGAUGUACGUGAAGUGCAGCGCCGCAGCAUAG